GACAUUAAAUAAGUAUAACUUGAAUUUUGUAUAAUGAAAAGUUUGUUUAUACUUCUUCAUAGAACAGACAAAGUCGUGAUAACUAAACAAUGGAGCAAUCUCCAAUGGAAACUACAAUUAAGGAUAUAACCAGACCUGCUCCCUCUUCCAUUUGUAUAAAUGACACUAAAAAGAAGUGUAACUUAUCGUUUUCUUUUAAUGUUGAUUUUGAUGAUGUUAAUAGUGACGUAUCCUCCGAUUCAGAGACUGCAGACUUGCAAAUUGAUGUUUCUGAAGUUGAUAAUUACGAACCCCCCAGCAAACAUAAAAGAGAUGCUGUUGAAGAAACUUCUUCAGUCAUCAACGAAAUGGAAGAAGAGAUUGAAAGACAGCUUGAUGCUAAAGCAGCAAAGACUAACUUAACAGCUACAAACGUUAAAAAUAUCAUUAAACAUGUGAUUACCAAUGAAUAUGUAAUGGCAAUGGUUAAAAAUCGUCUACAGGACACAGAAGACGAUUUACUAUUUGAACCUAAAUUGACAAGAGCAAAGGCGAAAGAAUUAGCGGCAGCACAAGUUAAUAUACCAUGGCCAAUUACACCAGUAAAAAACUCUACGUCAGAAGUACAAGUACUAAUCGAAGAGGAACUAGCAGAAGAUUCUUCAGAUGAAGAGUACAAUCCAGACCAAGAUAAACACAGUGAUGAUGAAAGAGAAGCGGAUAAUUCUAUAAAUUGUGAUGUAGAUUCACAACCUACAACACCAGCAAAUAAUUGUGAUUCAAGAUCAAUUGAACAACCUAAAUCACAAAAUAUUCAAUAUGAUCCAGAAGGCAUUUUUAAAAUUCCAGAUAUUCCUCAUGUACCAACAGAAGAAGAAAGUAUUGGUCAAAGAACACGUUCAAAACUUUGUUUGAGCGAAACACCUUUGGAACAAAUUGAACAAGCAUUUAUACCACCAGACAUAACAACUGAUAUGUAUGACUGGGACUGUGAGAUUGAUGAAGACUGGGACAAUUUUUUGAAAGAGUUCACUCAACCAUUAACUCAGGAACCUGUAGUUGAAGAUGAUCCAGAAGCAGAUCCAGAGUAUAAUAUUUUAGACGAUGAAGAAACAGAAUUUUUGGACAAAGAAGAAUUGCGAGCAGAUAAAGCUGUGAAAGUUACUCGCAAAGAAUUAAAUAAUUUAAUUGCAGAAUUGUUUGAAUUUACUGACACAUUUUCGAUGCAGGAACAGGAAAUUUCAAAGAAAAGGAAAUCUCUGGAGAAUUUAAAUCCAUCUAUUGAAAACAAUCCUAUGACUUGUUCUGUAACAGAUUUGUUGCCCACUUAUGAACAUGAUGUUCCCGAGUUAAUGAAUGCUAAUCAAAGGCAAUUACUGGCAGUUCAACUAUGUCAACAUACUCAGUUAAUGGUGCAACAUUUUGUUAUGACAUAUAGACAUCCAGAACUAGAUUUUCAGUCAAAAAGUUGUAAACAGAAUAUAACGAGUCUAAAGAAUUUAAGUAACGGUCUUAAUUCUGCAUUUAAUGCAGCAAAUUUGGUAGAUGCUUUAAAAUUGAUGUCCGAUUGGGAAAACAAAUUUUUGGAUAAUAAAUUUUCCGAAGAUCUAAAAAAAACUGUCUUAGAUGAAAAUGCCGUAAACGAGAUAUAUUCUUCAAACAAAUGGAAAUAUACUCCCAAGUUUCAUCCAGAAUUAAAAAAAUUAUUUAUGGAAAGCAAAGCACUAAUGUAUCCACAACUGUUACCUGAAUUACCUUUCAAGAGUGACAUAAAUAAAUAUACACGUACUCCAUUCCUAAAAUCAGAAGAUUUUUUAAUCGCACUCGGUCUUGAACAAUUUAUUCCUUUCGUUGCAACAAAACCAAGAAAGUUCAAACAGAAGAAUCUUCAACUAAUGGACGCGGUGCAAUUGGUCAUUCAAUAUUUAUUACCAUGCAGAGAACCUAAUGCAUUAUGUCGUCAUAUUCGAAAAAGGAGAUGUGCAAAUGAUGGCAAUCCCAUAAGGCAUUAUUUUGAAAAGGGUUGCGCUCCUAAAACGAUACAUUAUAUAACACGAGAAUGUGAUCCUAAAGCACCAAAGGAUCAAUCAAUAGAGUGUUUGCCUAAAGAGUGGCAAAAUUAUCUUAACAAUACAGAACAGAAAAUUGAUGCGUUAAAGAGAAAACAUAUAUUAAACUCCUAUAAUGAUCUCAUGAAGAAGGAUGACUGUGUAAAUGGAAUUGCUAAAGUUUAUACAACUGUUCCCAGCAUUCAUCCGUUACGAAAUCCUGUUGUAAAUAUGUUCCCAAAGAUAUUACCUUUGCCUGCGAACAAAAAGAAUCCAAAUAAUUAUAUGACAAAAAAUAAUUCAUACUUGAAUGAGAACAUUAAUUCUAAAAAUUCAGCAAAAGUAUCUAGCAAUGAGUCGAAUACAGUAGCAUGUAAUUCUAAUACAGUAAAUAAAGAACGCACAUCACAACAUAAUAAUUCAUUGAAAAAUACAGUAAAUAUAGAAGAGAAAAAAAAACCAUUACAAAAUAAUGAAGUAGAAGAAGACAGUCAGAAUGAUAUACUUACAAUUUCGGCUACAUCAAAGCAUUCCAAGUUUUCUAAAAAGUCUUCAGAUGUAAUACAAGAGUUGCCACAAUUGCGAAGAACUACGCCUAGAUUAGCAAAGACAAGAAGUGCUCAAAAUAUGAAGUUAAUGGCUCAAGUUCUAGGACCGAAAGGAUUAUCUUCCAGUUGCAAUACUUUAAAAUCUAGAGAAAAGAAUGACAUGUAUAAAAAUUUUGAGAAGACACAAUCAUUACCAAAACUUGAUAAUGAAGAUGAAAUAGCAGAACUAAUGUUAGCAAGUACAACUAUUAAAAAAGACUCACUUAGUAGAAAAAAAGCUAAAGAAGCUAGAGAGAUAGAAAAUAUUAAGAGGCUUUUAGAAUCUGAAAAUCCGUUGAAUGAAGAAGAAAGAGGAUCAAAAUUUGCAGCAUCAUAUCUUCAAAAAUUACAUUUAAUAUUGGAGUCUAAUAGUCCUGACAUAUUUCGAUCUGUUGUAAAAUUAUACUUAGAUUAUUAUGAGAAAUUGGAUAGUAUUAAUCAAAUGGAGAGCGAAUUGUCUUUUUCUAAUGAGCCUGGAGCUCUGCACAAUGAAAAACUUAUGGAGCAAACAGCAAGAGAUAAAGAUGCUAUAGCUAUUAAUUUAUACGAGGAUGUGUGUGAGAAGCUACACGAAUAUCCUGAACUUUGUACAGACUUUUUAUUAUUUUUAAAGCCCCAUCAAGCUGCGAUAAUAGAUAAAUCAGUUGAAUAUAUAAUGCUUCAAAAAAUGAGCGAAUUUAUUAACGUGGCUCAAAUAUAUUUUGCUAAGCAACCUUCUCGAAUAGCAAAAAUGAUGCAAGCUAUCACUCAACUUUCGUCCGAACCACAGACAACAUUAGAGCAUGUUCAUUCAAUUAUGGGUCCUAUACUUAAGGGACACCCAUUGGUCAUGGAUUUAUUUUUGCAAAUAUUACCUACCGCUAAACCACCUGAAAGUUUAUUUGCAUCGCAUAUGUUUGAAAAUUUAACAUGUCCCGUGGGUCCACAUGAUAAAAAUAAAGUGUAUACUGAAGAUGCAUCAGAAUUAUACGAAAAUAUUGAACUGCCACUAUCAGGUUCUCAAGAAGAUCCUUAUGGCGGAGAAAAUUGCAAGUGCAAUUGUCAUAAUGGAGAUGAUUCCAUUUGUAAAAGUAUUUCUGAACAUUGUGUGUCUUGUGGAACGAGAUUUCUGAAUGGAAAGAUCUAUCUUCAAACAUCUGAAGGCUUGAGACCGGCUAAAAUUAUUUUUCCUGGUGCUGAUGAAGAAAAAUUAGAAAAUAUAGCUCGCGUGUCAUUAAAAACAGCAGAUAAAUUUAUUUCUCCUAUUCCGUCCAGACCACGGAGAAAAUCAUCAAAGAACGAGUCUAAUCCUGACGAACAAUAUCAAAAGUCUUGUAUGUUGAAAAGUUCGCCUGUUAAAGAUAAUGAAGAGGUAGGGAAAGUAUUAGUAAAGGCUAAAAGAAAUGUAAAAUCUCCACCAAAAACGGAUAAAAAAAGAGGUUUAAAAAGGAUGGAGAGUAUGGACCAAAUAGGUGCCAGCACAAAACGAGCACGGAUAACACAACAGAAAAGUAAAAAAGAAAGGAAGGUCGAUAAACAACAAACUAAAUUAGAAUGUGUGGAAUCGCAUGAUGACCAUGUAAAAUUGGACGAAUCAUUAGGCAUAAAUACCAUUAUAGAAAUGAAAAAAAGAAAUUUAUCAGAUGAAGAAGGUGAAAUAUCAAAUCACAGCACAAACAAAAUGGAUUCAUCUGAUGAUGUUAAAAUCUCGGAUACAAAUACAGAUAUUAAGCCAUGGACACGACAAGAAGAUAUGAUUCUUUUACAAGCUAUUAGAAAAGAAUAUUCUAAUAAUUCGAUUAUUAUUGUCAGUAAAAGAUUGGACCGUACAAUUGAUGAAGUUAGAGGCAGAUGUGAAACACUUUUUGCAUUAUUAUAUAAAAUGAUGUAAGUGAAUAGAAUCACAGGAAAUGCAUUUUGCUGAAUAUACUGUUCUAUGCAGUAUUAAUGGGUGAAUACAGACUGCUUUAAUAUGUUGGAGCUGAAAUGUUAAUCAUUAAAAAUCAAAUAAAAAUGUAAAUACUUGUUUAUAAAAAUAUGUAUAAUAAAAAUGUUUUCAAUUAAAUUAUCUCUAUAAAUGCAUAUUUGUAAUUAUGACUAAUCAAAAUAAUUAUAUACUAUAACUGUAAGACGAUAUAUAAAGCCAUAUAAAUCUUUGGUAUAAAAAAGAAUUUUACUUA